ACAUUUGAAUUUGUCAUUUAUGAAUCUGAAUUUAUAAUCACGCCUGUCGAGUCCAACAAAGCAUCCUCUCCUCUUUUCUCCACCAUACACGCCUCCACUUAAACGGAGCUGAACUAUGUUUACAGUUGCAACCACGAGACGGUUGACUAUUUUACACAUUUACAGUGUGAGCGUGAGAGUGGUGACGUCAGGAGCAAAGAGCAGCAGGCAGCGAGCGGAGAGGCGGAUAAGCAAGACACAACCUGUGCCGGUGCGCAUUUUUCCAAACUUCUCCAGCACUGUCCAAGAGCACGGAGCCAAACAAAAACAUUAAGAGAGGAGAUCAUCUGGCAGAGCGAUGACUAACAAUUCUAUCAAUUUAAACACCAGUCCGCAGCGGGUCGGCGGCGGCUCCGGGACUGUGGAUCAUGAACUCGUUAUCACCUCUACUUUCGGGACGCUUCUCUCCAUUGUAUACAUAGUCGGGGUUUCGGGGAAUGUGUACACCCUGGUGGUGAUGUGUCACUCGAUCCGCUUCGCCACUUCUAUGUACAUCUCCAUCAUCAACCUGGCUCUGGCGGACCUGCUCUACCUCUCCACCAUCCCCUUCGUAGUGUCCACCUACUUCCUAAAGGACUGGUACUUCGGGGAUGUGGGCUGCCGCAUCCUGCUCAGCCUGGACCUCCUCACCAUGCACGCCAGCAUCUUCACCCUCACCGUCAUGUGCACGGAGCGCUAUCUGGCCGUCACCAAGCCGCUGGACACGGUGAGACGCUCCAAGAGUUAUCGCAAAGGUCUGGCAUGGGGCGUCUGGCUGCUUUCUCUGGUCCUCACUGUGCCCAUGAUGAUAAUGGUCGCUCAGACAACUAAGAACACGCCGGAUGGGGGUGUAAAGAGGAUGUGCGCACCCACCUGGGCGCCCCUGGCUUAUAAAGUGUACGUGACCGUCCUGUUCGGCACCAGCAUCAUGGCACCGGGGAUCAUUAUCGGUUACCUGUACGUCAAGUUAGCCCGCACUUAUUUAGAGUCCCAGCGCAACUCUGUGAUCAGCAAAGGCAGCAAGCGGUCACCAAAGCAGAAGGUGCUGAUCAUGAUUUUCACCAUCGUGCUGGUGUUCUGGGCGUGCUUCCUGCCGUUCUGGAUCUGGCAGCUGCUGCCUCUGUACCACACAAAGCCCCUGAGCCUGGCCUCGCAGACACACACCUGCAUCAACUACUUGGUGGCGAGCCUCACAUACAGCAACAGUUGCAUUAACCCUUUCCUCUAUACGCUACUCACCAAGAACUACAGGGAGUACCUGAAGAACAGGCACAAGAGCUUCUACAAGUACACGUCCUCGUUUAAGCAGCGGCCGCCCAGCCUCUACUCGUGGGGGAAGUCUGCCUCCUCCAGCAAUCAGUUUGAGUUCAACUCCGAGACGCUGGUUAUGGGGACGCUGAAGUAAAUUAUGAACGGCGUGAAGGGGAAGUGAACGCUUUUGGAGCCGCAAUAGGUAGGCCAUAACCUCUCCAUCAGGCAAGGGCCGUGAAAAUUGCGCACUGGUGGCCAAAGUCACAGACUUAACCUAUACUUCCUCACUUCAUUUGUAGUUCAUCUGUAUUUUCAAGCAACCCCGCUCUCUAGUCAUAAUAUAAUUCUUUCUAGCCAGAGGAAAACUUACUGUUAUUCCAUCUAUGCCAGUCCUUUUCCCGCCCCUAAGCCCCACUGAGCCCCAUCAGUAC